GCCUGUAGUGUCUGUGACUGGCAGGUAGGACUUCCAAUAGGAAGUCUCUGCCACUCACAGUGAAGCCAGUGCAGUCUCACGGACACUGAGCUAAGGCCCCCAGACGGAAAAGGUCCCUUAGCCCACUUGAUUCUAGCAUCUACCGUUGCCCGGAGGGAGCUGAGCUUCGUCGGGGGGGCUUCCGGUGCGCGUGUUCCGGUGAGACGCCACCAGAGCAGCAUGGUCAACAGGGCGCACAUGGACUAGCCGUAUGCUAUAAGACUGGGACUCAAGGUACUUAUGAGUAGCUGUUAGUGAGCAGCAUAUUCUAUAAACGGCUCCUGGUCUGCCAUCGUAGAGUCUCUUGGACCAAUACUAAGGAUUUGCCCUGCAGACACUGAACGGAGCAGAAGGGGCACAAAUAAAAGCCACCAUGACUGCUGAAAGUGAUCAAGAUAAAUGGUCUCAAGAGGACAUCCUUACUCUCAUUGAAACUAUGAAGGCCAAACUGCCCGCCAAGGAUGACAAACUGUUCAAGGUCACAGUGUCCAGCUUGGACUGGGACAAGCUGGCAUUUAAGGAAUACACUGGAGCAAUGUGUCGUGAAAAGUGGACUGAGAUCUCAAAUAAGAUCAGGAAGGUUCGUACACUCACCGAGAUGAUUGUGGAUGCAGAGGAAUGUGUAAAGAACCUAUACGAAGGAAAGAACAUUCUGACUCAUCCAGACUUUCCUAAGAAGCCCAAAAAGCCGUUUUUUCGCUUCUCCGGGGAGAACAAAGCAAAAUAUAAGGAGAUCUAUACAGAUAUGCGCCACGGUGAUCUAGACAAGAUAUUGGCAAUAAUAUAUAAAGAGCUACCGGAGGAAACAAAGAGCAAAUACGAAGAAGAUUUUCUGAGAGAGAAACAAGAGUUUGACAGAAAAUUAGCAAAAUUCAGGGAGGAACAUCCAGAUCUCAAUUGGAGUACAAAGAAGUCAGAAAAAGCUAAGGCCUCUGUCCCAGAUAAGGCUAUGGCCUCUGUCCCAGAUAAGGCUAUGGCCUCUGUCCCAGAUAAGGCUAUGGCCUCUGUCCCAGAUAAGGCUAAGGCCUCCAUCCCAGAUAAGGCUAAGGCCUCCGUCCCAGAUAAGGCUAAGGCCUCCGUCCCAGAUAAAACAAAGGCCGCCGUCCCAGAAAAAGCUAAGACUCCCCAGCAGCUAAAAUCAAAACCUGCUAGAAGUACAAAACAGAAAACUGCAGACUCUGCUAAAAAAAGAAAAACUGUUACUCCAUCAAAGACCACCGAGAGUCCUAGAAAAAAGCGUUCUAAAACAUCGUCUCUGUAAAUAAUUUCUUGCUGAACCAUCAUAAAAUUGCUUUGAAUAAUAUA